UUACUAUAACCAUGUAGGCAUGCAUAAAUAACCAAGUCUCGGAGUUUUGUUGAUCCUGAAAAUGCGGCUGUGACCAAAAUUUCUCUUACCGCGGACAAUGUCACUACCAAUCAAUGAGUUCAACUGAGAAACUCAACUUUCGUUCUUUUCUUGAUUUAGCAAAGGCUAUCUGGCUUCCAUUGCCUACACUCUGAUCUCUUCCUGUGUAAUCUUGACCCUACCAACCAGUGGAAAAGAUCAACGCGACCGAUGAUGGCGAUGCGUAGCUCGUUUCUCCUAUCUCCACGACUCAUCAGACCUCUGGCCAUUAGCAAACAAUGUGUGCGAUGCUUCCAUAAACACUCCUCUACGCCUUCUGUGCCUUCGCCAACACCAUUCGUCCCCGACGUCGAAACAUUUCUUACGUUGAUUGGCCGUGGCAUGACUAAACAUGCAAGCAAGCUUCCUUCAUGGGAGAAGCUGUUUACUCUUAGCUCUACUGAGCUCCGAGAUAUUGGCAUUGAGCCGACUCGUCAACGGCGUUACCUGCUCCGGAAAAGGGAGAAAUUCAGAAACGGAGUCUUUGGGCCGGGUGGUGACCUAGAACAUGUUGUUGAUGGUACAGCCCAAUUGCGCGUAGUUGAGGUUCCAUUGGCGCCAAGGGAUACACCAACGGACAAUCAAGCCUCAGGCACCUCCACCUCAUCGGCGACGCUCUCUCCAGGUAUGAGGAAAGUGAUUGUCAACCUACCACCUGAUGCUUCCGAGUAUACACACGACCCAUCGAAACCACUCAAAAAGUUCGCGCACAUGAAGAUCCAUCGUGGCUCCAUGCUUAGCGGGCCAUUCUUACAACCAAUCAAAGGCACAGAUAAUUGCGCAGCUCUAAUAAAAGUCCAGGAUGGCAUGUGGGAGGACAAGUUGGGACACAAGGUGGAUGGUGGUGAAAGGAGACGUGCCGAGGUUAGGGCUAGAAAGAGGAGUGAGGAAAGGAGGAAGGGGCAAGCAUAAACUCAUGGAUUUUUGAGAACUGCGGCGAGUAAUUGUCUUACUGUAUAAUAGUUUACCGUACUUUUGGGGGGUUUGAAUCGCAAUACAUAAACAUCACUACACUAAGAACUAUACUACAGGAGUCCACAAUCUCUGGCACUGUAGAACUGGACACAUUGAUCCGUGGGCGUUCUAAGG